AUGAGACAUAUCAGAAGCAUUUACAUAUUUUGUAGUAUUGUUAUGUCUGUGCUUAGUGGGGCUUCAGAGCUGCCAGAAGAAAGAGAAUUGACUGCCAACUUCUCCAGCAUGUCUUUAAGAAAGGUUCCUGAAGACUUGACCCCAAUUACAACCACACUGGAUUUGUCCUAUAAUCUCCUUUCUCAACUCCAGCAUUCAGAUUUUCGUUCUCUCUCUAAACUGAAAGUUUUGAUUCUAUGCCACAACAGAAUCCAAGAGCUGGAUAUCAAGACCUUGGAAUUCAACAAGGAGUUAAGAUACUUAGAUGUGUCUAACAACAGACUGAAGAGUGUAGCCUGGUUCUCACUGGCAGGUCUCAGACACUUAGAUCUGUCCUUCAAUGACUUUGACACCGUGCCUAUCUGCGUGGAGACUGGCAACAUGUCACACCUGGAAACCCUAGGUUUGAGUGGGGCAAAAAUACAAAAAUCAGAUUUUCAGAAAAUUGCUCAUUUGCAUCUAAAUACUGUCUUCUUAGGAUUGAGAACUCUAUCUCAUUAUGAAGAAGGUAGCCUGCCCAUCUUAAACACAACAAAACUUCACAUUGUGUUACCAGUGAACACAAAUUUCUGGGUUCUUUUGCAUGAUGGAAUCAAAACUUCAAAAAUAUUAGAAGUCACUAAUAUAGAUUUGCAAAAGAGCCAGUUUACAAGUUAUGGGUCUCAACAAAAUCCUAUUUUAGAGAAUGCCAAGACAUCCAUUCUGUUACUUAAUAAAGUUGACUUAUCCUGGGACGAUCUUUUCCUCAUCUUCCAAUUGGUUUGGCAUACGUCAGUAGAGUACUUCCAGAUUCAACAUGUGACCUUUGGAGGUAAGGUUUAUCUUGACCACAAUUCAUUUGACUACUCAAAUACUGUAAUGAGAACUAUAAAACUGGAACAUGUACAUUUUAGAAUUUUUAAUAUCCCCCAGGAGAGCGUCUACUUGCUUUUUACCAAAAUGGAUAUAGAAAACCUGACAAUAUCAGAUGCACAAAUGCCUCACAUGCCGUUCCCUAUGUAUCCUACAAGAUUCCAACAUUUAAAUUUUGCUAAUAAUAUCUUAACAGAUGAUGUGUUUAAAAAAUCUAUCCAAUUGCCUCAUUUGAAAACUCUCAUCUUGAAGGACAAUAAAUUGGAGACACUUUCCUUAGUGAGUUACUUUGCCAGCAACACAUCCCUGAGGCACUUAGAUCUGAGUGAAAAUCUGUUACAAUAUGAAAAUGACGAAAAUUGCUUGUGGCCAGAAACCUUGGUCACCAUGAACUUGUCGUUCAACAAAUUUGCUGAUUCUGUUUUCAGGUGCUUGCCUAGAAACAUUCAAAUACUGGACCUGAAUAGUAACAAAAUUCAAACUGUCCCUAAAGAGAUUACUCACCUGACAUCUUUGCGAGAGUUAAAUCUUGCAUUUAAUUUUCUAACUGAUCUUCCUGGGUGCAGUCAUUUCAGAAGACUCUCAGUUCUGAACGUUGAAAUGAACUUAAUUCUCACCUCAUCUCUGGAUUUUUUCCAAAGCUGCCAGGAAGUUAAAACUCUAAAUGCAGGAAGAAAUCCAUUCCGGUGUACUUGUGAAUUAAGAGAUUUCAUUCAGCUUGGAAAAUACUCAGAGGGCAUGAUGGUUGGAUGGUCAGAUUCAUACAUCUGUGAAUACCCUUCGAAUCUAAAGGGCACUCAGUUAAAGGAUGUUCAUCUUCCAGAAAUAUCCUGCAACACAGGUUUGCUGAUUGUCACCAUUGUGGUUAUCAUGCUCGUUCUGGGGAUGGCUGUGGCCUUCUGCUGCCUCCACUUUGAUUUGCCCUGGUAUCUCAGGAUGCUACGUCAAUGGACUCAGACAUGGCUCAGGGUUAGGAAGACAACUCAGGAGCAACUCGAAAGAAGUGUCCAAUUCCAUGUGUUUAUUUCAUACAGUGAACACGAUUCUGCCUGGGUGAAGUAUGAAUUGAUUCCCAGUCUAGAGAAAGAAGAUGGUUCUGUUCUGAUUUGCCUUCAUGAGGGAAACUCUGACCCUGGCCAGAGCAUGACUGACGAUACCAUAAACUGCAUUGAGAAAAGCUACAAGUCCAUCUUUGUUUUGUCUCCCAGCUUUGUCCAGACUGAAUGGUGCCAUUAUGAACCCUACUUUGCCUACCACAAUCUCUUCCAUGAAAGUCUUGAUUACAUAAUUCUUAUCUUACUGGAACCCAUUCCACUUUACUGCAUCCCUACCAGAUAUCCUAAGCUGAAAGCUCUCAUGGAAAAGAAGGCAUACUUGGAAUGGCCCAAGGAUAGGCGUAAAUGUGGCCUCUUUUGGGCAAACCUUCGAGCUGCUCUUCAUGUUAAUUUAUUAGACACCACAGGGCCAUGUGAACUACAGACAUUCACAGAACUGAAUGAAGUGUUUCGAGGUUCUGCAGUCUCUCUGAUCAGAACAGACUGCCUGUAG